AUGAAUUGGACGGAGGUCAUCCAGAGUGUCUCGAAACAGGACAACUCCUUGGCCGACGCCUUUUCCGCUUUGAGUAUUUCGAGGGUCGGUCAAGGUCACAAGGACGUCCGUCUGGUUCAUGAAAGUGCCAAAUUUUACGGAAAGGCACUCAAGGAGCUACAGCUCGCGCUCUUCGACUCCCAACGAAUGCAUUCCGAUCACGUCCUGAUGGCGUGUAUGCUGUUGGGGCUCUAUGAGGUCUUUGAGGGUCCAGCACUCAAUUCGCGAAGUUGGUUGGCACAUGCCUCAGGAGCGGCUCGACUGAUCCAGCUUCGUGGCGCUGGGCGUCAUCAGAAUUGGUAUGCUCAUCACCCUUUUCUGGCUUCGAGGAUCCCCACCAUAUAUGCUGCCAUUCUGCAGAGAAAAGCGACCUACCUGGCGACGGAAGAAUGGCGCACGAUACCGUGGGAGUUCCAGCACCGGACAUAUUUUGACAGGAUGGUUGAUCUUGGAACUCUUAUCCCUGGCAUCAUGGAGAAGUUUGACAUUCUCCGGGAGUAUGAUUUUGACACGACGGCGGAGCUUGCUGGGUUGCUGGACGAAUGCAAAGAUCUACAGACAAAAAUGAAUCGGUGGAGGGAUGGGACAAAGAAGGGGGCGACGCCACGAAUCGUCGAACACGAUCCAGCCGAAAUACCUAGUUCUCCUUUUGCCACCGAUUUGUGGUUCGAAAACCACUUGUUCGCCCACGCACGUCUGGUCUACCAUACAUGUUCGCUGGCAUUGAGCGAAGUGGGAAAUGAAAUCUUGCAAGCACUCGAUCUCCGAGAUCAAAAACGACUGAGCUCUGUCGACCGCGCAUCGUUGAUGGAGCUCUUCGACGCGGAAACCCAAGCGGCCAAUGUCUGCCGAUGUAUUCCCUAUUGCUUACAACCAGAGAUGGGAGCAUUGGGCGCCAACAUCAUCAACUUUCCUGCGAACCUGGCAUUUGCGUAUUAUCAAAAGACAGGUCACACGGCGGCUACUGACUGGCUUGAAAAGGCUUUCCAAAGCGCGAAAUCGAGAGGGCUCCACGUUGAGAAUGUCUUCGACGUGCUUCUGCCGACUCUUCAGGAUCGAGACGAUCGAAUGCGCUUUUUGAGAAGAGAAUCAAGUACCGAAUCAUCGGACGGCAGCGAACAUUCGCCAGCUUCGAACCAAAGUUUCGCAAGCCACACCCUUUCUCAUUAUAGUCUAUCCAGUAAUGCGACAACUAUUUUCGUCUACGAGGACCCGUCCAAAGACUACGACACGAGCUACGAACCCGAUUGA